CCCUUGCCGGUCCAGCUGCUUUCCUCCCCCUCUUCCCCGCCCGACCUCCCCCUCCUUCCCCCGCGGGCCCCCUCCCCGCAGGGAUAAUAUGGUCUCCGGCGAUGGACGCCCCAAGUGCAGGAUAUGCCUUUGAGUACCUUAUUGAAACAUUAAAUGACAGUUCACAUAAGAAGUUCUUCAAUGUACCUAGACUUGGAGGCACCAAGUAUGAUGUUCUGCCUUACUCAAUACGGGUCCUGUUGGAAGCUGCUGUGCGAAAUUGUGAUGGCUUUUUAAUGAAAAGGGAAGAUGUUAUGAACAUUUUAGACUGGAAAACCAAACAAAGCAAUGUUGAAGUGCCCUUUUUCCCUGCCCGUGUUCUUCUUCAAGAUUUUACUGGAAUACCGGCAAUGGUGGAUUUUGCUGCUAUGAGGGAGGCAGUGAAAACUCUUGGAGGUGACCCUAAGAAAGUCCAUCCUGCCUGUCCAACAGAUCUCACGGUUGAUCAUUCUUUACAAAUUGACUUCAACAAAUGUGCAAUACAGAAUGCUCCAAAUCCUGGCGGUGGUGACCUACAGAAAGCAGGAAAGCUUUCUCCACUUAGAGUGCAGCCUAAGAAGCUUCCCUGCAGAGGCCAGACUACGUGCCGAGGAUCGUGUGAUUCUGGAGAACUAGGCCGAAACUCAGGAAGAUUUUCUUCGCAGAUCGAAAAUACACCCAUUCUAUGUCCUUUUCAUUUGCAACCAGUGCCUGAACCUGAAACAGUAUUAAAAAAUCAAGAAGUAGAAUUUGGCAGAAAUCGAGAGAGGCUUCAAUUUUUCAAGUGGAGUUCAAGAGUUUUUAAGAAUGUGGCUGUAAUCCCUCCUGGAACUGGAAUGGCUCAUCAAGUAAACUUAGAGUAUUUGUCGAGAGUGGUUUUUGAAGAAAAGGACCUCCUCUUUCCGGACAGUGUCGUUGGCACAGAUUCUCAUAUAACCAUGGUGAAUGGUUUGGGGAUUCUGGGGUGGGGGGUUGGAGGUAUUGAAACAGAAGCAGUUAUGCUUGGUCUGCCAGCUUCUCUUACUUUACCAGAGGUGGUUGGAUGUGAAUUAACUGGCUCAUCGAAUCCUUUUGUUACAUCCAUAGAUGUUGUUCUUGGCAUUACAAAGCACCUCAGGCAAGUAGGAGUGGCUGGAAAGUUUGUUGAGUUUUUUGGAAGUGGAGUUUCACAGUUAUCUAUAGUAGAUCGAACUACAAUAGCAAACAUGUGUCCAGAAUAUGGUGCUAUCCUCAGCUUUUUCCCUGUUGACAAUGUGACAUUAAAACAUUUAGAACAUACAGGUUUUGACAAAGCCAAACUCAAGUCAAUGGAAACAUACCUUAAAGCUGUGAAAUUGUUUCGAAAUGACCAGGAUAAUUCAGGAGAACCUGAGUAUUCCCAGGUGAUCCAGAUUACUCUGAAUUCAAUAGUUCCAUCUGUCAGUGGUCCAAAAAGACCUCAGGAUAGAGUUGCUUUGACAGAUAUGAAAAGUGAUUUCCAAGCUUGCUUAAAUGAAAAGGUUGGAUUUAAAGGCUUCCAAAUUGCAGCUGAAAAGCAAAAUGAUAUCGUCUCUAUUCAUUAUGAAGGAAGUGAAUAUAAGCUGUCUCAUGGAUCUGUGGUCAUUGCUGCCGUUAUCAGUUGUACCAAUAAUUGCAAUCCAUCUGUCAUGCUCGCUGCAGGUCUUUUGGCUAAAAAAGCUGUUGAAGCUGGUCUGCAUGUUAAACCUUAUAUAAGAACAAGUUUAUCUCCAGGCAGUGGGAUGGUUACACAUUACCUCAGUUCAAGUGGAGUAUUACCAUAUCUUAGUAAGCUCGGAUUUGAAAUAGUUGGCUAUGGAUGUUCAACAUGUGUGGGAAAUACAGCACCCUUAUCAGAAGCAGUUUUAAAUGCAGUAAAACAGGGUGAUUUGGUUACUUGUGGAGUUUUAUCUGGAAAUAAAAAUUUUGAAGGUCGUCUUUGUGAUUGUGUUCGUGCCAAUUAUCUUGCCUCUCCACCCUUAGUGGUAGCUUAUGCCAUAGCAGGCACAGUGAAUAUAGAUUUCCAGACAGAGCCUUUAGGUACUGACCCUACUGGCAGGAAUAUUUACCUACAUGAUAUUUGGCCUAGUCGAGAAGAAGUUCAUCAGAUAGAGGAAGAACAUGUUGUGUUAUCCAUGUUUAAAGCAUUAAAAGAGAAGACAGAGAUGGGAAAUAAACGGUGGAAUUCUUUAGAAGUACCAGAUUCAGUUUUGUUUCCAUGGGAUUUAAAGUCUACUUAUAUCAGAUGUCCUUCAUUUUUUGAUAAGCUUACCAAAGAGCCAGUUGCACUCCAGCCUAUUGAAAAUGCCCAUGUCUUAUUAUAUCUGGGAGACUCUGUCACGACAGAUCAUAUAUCACCUGCUGGAAGCAUUGCUAGGAGUAGUCCUGCUGCUAAGUAUUUGACAAACAGAGGCCUUACCCCUCGUGAAUUCAACUCUUAUGGAGCCCGAAGAGGUAAUGAUGCUGUGAUGACAAGAGGCACUUUUGCAAAUAUCAAGCUUUUUAAUAAGUUCAUUGGAAAACCAGCUCCCAAAACAGUUCAUUUUCCAUCAGGACAGACGCUAGAUGUAUUUGAGGCUGCAGAGCUGUACCAGAAGGAAGGCAUCCCACUGAUUAUUUUAGCAGGGAAGAAAUAUGGUUCAGGAAAUUCAAGAGAUUGGGCUGCCAAAGGACCAUACUUGCUGGGUGUGAAAGCUGUUCUGGCUGAAAGUUAUGAAAAAAUUCACAAAGAUCAUUUGAUUGGAAUUGGCAUAGCUCCACUUCAGUUCCUUCCAGGAGAAAAUGCAGAUUCUUUGGGCCUCUCUGGCAGAGAAACAUUUUCUUUAACAUUUCCUGAAGAACUGUCUCCUGGAGUUACAUUAAAUAUAAAGACAAGCACUGGAAAAGUAUUCAGCGUGAUUGCUUCCUUUGAAAAUGAUGUGGAAAUAACAUUGUUCAAACAUGGAGGAUUAUUAAACUUUGUGGCACGAAAAUUCUCAUAGUAUCUACUCACCAUGGAUACCUUUCAUAACUGGUAACUGCAAACAAAGCCUUUUGUGCUGGACCCAGGAAUCCUUACCAUGGAGCUGCAGAUAGUCCCAGUAUGCUCACUUAUCUCAUCCAUGGAUGUAAAUGAUUAUGAAUCAACGUAGUGACUGAAAUGAAAUCUUCUUGAUUUUAAAUAAUAUACGAAUGGUGCUAUUAACAUUGCUAAAAUCAGCGUGUGAAGUGUGUUGUGGAAGAGGCCUGUAAGUAUGGGGGGAUAUUUUAUCAGACCAUUUUGUAAAUAAAGGCAGAAUUUGAACUUGU